UGGCAAACGAUGGCGGAGUUCCAAGCAGUGAUCCUUGCCGGCGGUAGCGGCGUUCGACUGUACCCUCUGACAGAAGAGACCCCCAAGCCGCUGCUCCCCGUGAACAAUCACCCGCUCCUGUACUACCAACUCGCAUUGUUGGAGAAGUCAGGUUUCUCGGAUGUCCUUGUGAUCACGACAACGGAAAUGAAGGAUCAAAUCUGCGACUACACGCUUCGUCAAUAUGGCGGCAAGAUUGGAAUUGAUGUGGUUGCUGUCGAAGGUGAUGGAGGUGAGACUGCGGACGCCCUGCGCGCAGUAGCGGACCGCAUCCGUUCGGACUUCAUCGUGGUGGCUGGCGACCUCGUCACAGAUUGCGUGUUGCAGAAUGUGGCUGACUUGCAUCGCAUCAAUGACGCGAGCGUCACGAUGCUUCUCAAGCAGGAAAUGGUCGAAGAGCCUACGAAGGGCUCCAAGUCCAAGGAGAAACCACGUCGCGACCGGGAAAUGAUCGAUUGCAUCGGGUUGGUCGAGGCGGACUCGCGUGUCGUGCACAUCGCGCAUUCAAUCUUUGCGAACGACGACAUGGAAGGCAACGAGGACGUGGAAAUGCCGUUGGCUCUGCUGAAGCGACGACCGCGUAUCAACAUGCACACGGACCUGUACGAUGCCCACGUGUACAUUUUUCCCCAUUGGGUCUUGGACCUGCUGCAUGAAAAGAAACACAUCGCCAGCAUCAAGGCCGACCUGAUUCCCCACUUAGUGCGCCGGCAAUUUCGUGGGCCCCAAGCACUCGCCGAGUCAGUGCGGGGCAAGUUGCAAAGCCCCCAGCACGUUGCGAACGACCUGAGCGUGUCGUGCGGCGGCAAAGACGAGGACGACGUGAUGAAGGUGUUUGCAUACAUCCUGCCUUCGAACGCGUACUGCGAGCGAGCAGACACAAAGGAAGCGUACAAUGCCAUGACGAAAGAGGUCAAGUCCAAGUGGAGGUUGCAAUGAGUUCGUUCGCAAUUUCUACAAUGGUGGGAACUGGUGAAAAAUAUACCGAAAAUGGAAUGUUUUCGAUGAAAUUUUCACGUUCUUUUCACAUGUUUUCG